GUCGACCUCUCCGCCGAUCACACCACACCCCGACUCUCCCUCUUCUUCCCCCCAUCCCGCUCCCCACGUAGAGUACUACAAGAAGCGCUGAGCCCGGCACAUCCCGCACACGCGCACGCACAAACCAAAGUCCCCCUUCAAACCCGCUGAGCCAACAAUGGAGAGCAGCCGCAUCAUUGCGACAUGUACCACCCAAUGAUUGAUCCGUCUCAUUCCCAUCUAAGCUAGAUCUUCUUGAAUCUUGAGACCACCACAGCCUCAUCCAAGCUCGUGCUCGUGCGCCCCUCGCUCCCAUCCAAUGACCAACGGCGGCCACAGCAUGAGCGGCGCGGGCGGCUGGCUGGGGUUCUCGCUCUCGCCUCAAGUCGCCGCCGCGGCCAUGGACGCGGCUGCCGGCUCCGGCAUCGUCGACGUCGCUGGCCACCACCACGCGCACCACGGCGGGGUCUACUACCACCCCGACCCGGUCGCGUCCUCCCCCAUGUCCUUCUACUUCGGGGGCGGCGACAAUGUCGGGGCGGCGAGCGGCGGGUACUACUCCGGGAUCUCCGCCCUGCCGCUCAGGUCCGACGGCUCGCUCUGUCUCGCCGACGCGCUCCGGAGGAGCGAGCAGAAACACCACGGGGCGGAGGUGUCGGCGCCGCCGAAGCUCGAGGACUUCCUCGGCGCUGGUCCCGCAAUGGCGCUGAGCCUGGACAACUCCGGCUACUACUACGGCGGCCACAGCCACGACAACGAUGGCGCUGGAGGCGGCCAGCAGCCGCUGCUGUACGCCAUGAUGCCUGGCUCCGGUGGCCACCACAUGUACUACGACGCCCACGCGGCGUUGCUGGACGAGCAGGCUGCAGCCACGUCGGCCGCGAUGGAAGCGGCCGGCUGGAUGGCGCGUGACGGGGACGUCUACGACGUGGACGCCGGCAACGGCGAGGAGGGCGGGGGCGCCAUCGUGCCGGCCGGCCCCGGCAACCCAGGCGGAUACGCACACCCGCUGACGCUGUCCAUCAGCUCUGGGUCCCAAUCCAGCUGCGUCACCGUGCAGCAGGCGGCCGCACAAGCCCACGCCUACGUCGGCCAGGCAACCGCGGCCAGCAAGAAGCGCGGCGCCGGCGCGGGCGCCAAGCAAAACAAGCAGCCGGUGGUCCACCGCAAGUGCAUCGACACCUUCGGCCAGCGCACGUCCAAGUACAGGGGCGUCACCAGCAAAAGCAGGCAUAGGUGGACGGGGAGGUAUGAGGCGCACCUCUGGGACAACAGCUGCCGGAAGGAGGGCCAGACCAGGAAAGGCCGGCAAGUUUAUCUUGGUGGGUAUGACAUGGAGGAGAAGGCGGGGAGGGCGUAUGAUCUUGCGGCGCUCAAGUACUGGGGCGCGUCCACGCACAUCAACUUCCCGGUGGAGGACUACCAGGAGGAGCUGGAGGUGAUGAAGAACAUGACCAGGCUAGAGUACGUGGCUCACAUCAGAAGGAAGAGCAGCGGGUUCUCGCGCGGAGCUUCGAUGUACCGGGGAGUCACCAGGCACCACCAGCAGGGGCGGUGGCAGGCGCGCAUCGGCCGGGUUUCCGGCAACAAGGACCUCUACCUCGGAACAUUCAGCGCGGAGGCGGACGCGGCAGAGGCGUACGACGUGGCGGCGAUCAAGUUCCGCGGCGUCAGCGCGGUCACCAACUUCGAAAUCAGCCGGUACGACGUGGACAAGAUCAUGGAGAGCAGCACGCUGCUGCCCGCCGAUCAGGUGCGGCGCAGGAAGGACGGCCCCGACGCACUGGUGGCCAGCGCGGCGGCCGCGCUCGUGCAGGCCGGCGGCGCCGCGGACUACUGGAGGCAGCCCGUUGCGGCGGCGUCGGCGGUCACGCCGUGCGGCGACAAGCAGAGCCGCCACCACCUCGACCUCAUGUCGAGCGAGUCCUUGUCGCUGCUGCGCGGCGUGGUGUCCAUGGACGGCGACGCUGCUGGUGCUCACGGGAUGGGAAACUCCAGCAGCGCGCGCAUGUCGGGCGCGUCGUCGUUGGCCACGAGCCUGAGCAACUCCCGGGAGCAGAGCCCGGACCAGGGAGGCGGCCUGGCCAUGCUGUUCGCCCGGCCCGCGGUGCCGAAGCUGGCGAGCUCGCUGCCCAUGGGCUCCUGGGUCUCGUCGCCUACGCCGGCCAGGCCCGGCGUGUCCGUGGCGCACAUGUCAGUGUUCGCCGCGUGGGCGGACGCAUGAGCAACAACCGCACCGUCAUCCUUUUAGGGCUACAACAUGCACGGCGGCAAGAAGGUUUAGGGCAAGUAGUACUCAGUAGCCAUGGUAGCUAUUAGCCUAUUACUAGUAGUAAGGAACUAAGGGUUAGUAGUAACCAUAGUUAGUAGCUUAGCCGACGCAGGUCGACGGCGAGGGAUAAAGCGCGCAUGCAUGGCUGGGCUCCCGUGGUUCCUUCUUCAGCUGCGUCUGGGACGAAGGGUUUUUGUAGUAUCGAGCCUGGCACGGCAACGGCGGCGUCGCCUCCGGCCGAGGGCCGCCGCUGAUCGGAGAUGGAUGGGCAGUAGUAGUUCCUGUCUCCACUCUCCAGACCUCCUAACUUCCAUCAAAUGAAAAUGUGUUCGUCUUGCAA